AUGAGCGAAAGCAGAAAAAAAAUUAAAAGAAGAACUCUGGGGGCCCCUCGCAGCCACGACGUUUAUGCGAAACUAACUGUUGCAAGGCUGAAGGUGAUUGUGGAGUUUUCGUGCAUCCAGCCAGCAGCAGCAGCAGAAGAGGAAGCAGCACUUCCGGAGAGUUCGGACUUUACGGUGUCUGUACACCGCAGCGACGGCAGCGGCCUUCUCUUCUACUGCUCCACCACUGCCGAAGACGAGACCGCCAGGUUCUGCAUAGGACAGGUCAGCUAG